AUGGUUUCUGUUAAGCUCAUGGCCGUGGCAGUCCUGCCAAUUGCAUAUGCACAAACUCAAACACUAUGGGGUCAAUGCUCUGGUAUCACCUACAAAGGCCCAAUAGAGUGCCCUGACGGCGCUACAUGCACAGUCUACAACCCUUACUACGGACAAUGCAUCCCCGCUCCGGAUCUCACCACCACUCCUCCUCCACCCACCAAAACUACAACCGCAACAGGCUGCACUUCAUCAGUCUCUACCUGUACCACUAUCACCGUCCCCGCACCUUGUGCGACCUCCAUUCUAACCUCAACAUUUUGCUCAACUUACUGCGCAACUGCUGCACCUCCCAGAAUCACCGUUCCAGCUGAAGCUCUUGUAAAGAGAUGCAUUCCUACACCUUAUACGACGGGCUGUAGGACUACUACUUCUACUUGUACGACGGUGGUGGGGCCAAUCCCAUGUGCUACUGGGCUUUAUACAUCUACGUUUUGUUCUUCGUAUUGUGCUAGCACCACUGCGCCGCCAAGAAUUACUGUUCCGGUCGCCGCUCUUGAGAAGAGAUGUAUGCCACCCAUCACUACCAAGGCUUGA